UUAACCUUUAGAGUGGGAGCAAUAGUAAACUCUCGGAUAUGUAUGAAAUGUAUCCAUCAAACCUCAAUCAUUUUUUUUUAUUCUUUAUUUUUUUAAUUCUUUUUUUUUUUCAAAGGUUAAAAAUCAUUUAAUCUUAAUGUGCCUAAGGUCACAUGACCAAGCCCUUGCCUCUGUGGUCUAUAUAUACUCAUCCAUAACACAGGCACUAAGGACGGCUAAUCCUGCAAACUUCAAACACACACACACACAACAAAGAAAAAAACCAUGUCACCAUCCACACUCUCUCCUCUACUAUACCAACAACUAAUGAACCUUCAAUCCUCAAGAAGGUUGCUACAGCACCACCCUCUUUACCACCCUCCGCCUACAGCCGCUACGCCUCCACCUCCACCCAUGGCUAACAACCCUGUAGACCCCACAGAGCCUUACAGCGGAACUAAUGGCUUUGAUGCAAAUGUAGUAAUGGUACUAUCAGUCCUCUUGUGUGCCUUAAUCUGCUCACUAGGACUAAAUUCCAUAAUCAAGUGUGCUCUACGAUGCUCGAAUUUCAUGCCUACUGAAUCUAAUGACAGCAGUAACGACCCAAGCUCAGAAGAUACAGGCAUCAAGAAGAAAGCUUUAAAGACUUUUGCUGUAGUAAAUUACUCACCGAACCUGAAGCUCCCCGGUCUUGGUACCGAAUGUGUUAUAUGCUUGUCAGACUUCGCCCCAGGAGAAAAGUUGAGGCUACUGCCUAAAUGCCAACACGGAUUCCAUAUCAAAUGUAUUGAUAAGUGGCUCAAUACUCACUCUUCAUGCCCAACCUGCAGGCACUGCUUGAUUGAAACAUGUCAGAAGAUCGUUGGCUGUGAUCAGGCUGCUAGCUCGUCGCAGCCUGAUCCACAGCCACUUCCACCUCAGGCAACUAUCAUAAAUAUAGCACCAUUAGAACGUGAAGAUUUGGUAAGAAGUUAUAGAGCUAAUAGUUAGUGCUAGCAUCCUUAGUUCAAUUCGUCGAAACAAAAACUUGUACAUUAGUAAGGUCAAGCCCUCGGAAACAGAGUAAAUCAUGUAACAAGUUUAUCAAUAGCAUCCAAUUAAGAUUUGUAUAGUCAGGAACUAUUGGUAGCUUCAAGUACAUGUUUCAAGUAGCAUAUUGUACGAUUUGCAACAACAAUGACAAUGUUUCAGUACCGAUCCUGCGUGCAGGAUCUGAGUAAGUCCAACUUACAGAGUCUUAUCCUAAGUUCUUAACCACUAAAAGCUUAAAAAAGCAAUUAUCAAAGGAAAAAGACAAGCAUGUAAUGUGGCAGACGAAAAUAGAAAUCAAAUUUAUGUAA